AUGGCAUCUGCACUCAUCUUUGCUAAGGUGUUUCCCACUGGCCCUGGUGCUGGCAAAAUCCUUCAUCACGUGUUGAUUCCCAACAACAACCCUCCAGUUCCCAGCAGUGAUGCCAGGUCAACGUAUUCUGUGGUUGCUUUGUAUGAAAACCAUGAGCUGAACUUAGGAGUACAAGUGAAUCUAGAACUGAAAGUCAUUCUCCAGAAUGAUCAACUGCUGAACACGAGAAAGGAGCUGCUCCUGACCUCAGUCACCAUGAAUAGUGAAUUUGAAAAAGAUCACAUCAAAAGGCUGCAGGAGCAGCGUAUGUUUAUGCAAAAGAAAACCUUCACCAACUGGAUGAAUAAUAUCUUCUUCAGGAAUAAUGUAAGGGCUGAAAUAGAAAAUAUUUACACAGACCUGAAGGAUGGCAUCUAUCUCAUGCAACUCCUGGAGCUGCUCUCUGGAGAAUCUUUGCCCAGACCGAACCGGGGAAAGAUGAGAGUGCAUUUUCUAGAAAACAACAGCAAAGCCAUUACAUUUCUGAAAUCCAAGGUACAAGUGAAAGUGAUUGGUCCUGAGAAUAUCGUAGAUGGUGACAGAACCUUGAUCCUGGGACUCAUCUGGAUCAUUAUACUUCGAUUUCAAAUUUCAUCUAUCAAACUUGAUAAGGAAGAAUUUGGAGGCAGAGCUGAUCAGCUAUUUGCCAAUGAAGCCCUACUACUUUGGUGUCAGCAUAAAACUGCCAGCUAUCCCAAUGUAAAUGUGAAGGACUUCUCUAAAAGCUGGAGUGAUGGACUGGCUUUCAAUGCACUUAUACAUGCCCACAGGCCUGAUCUUAUCAAUUAUAGCUCACUGCGGCAGGACCAGCCCAUCAAAAACUUGAACAAUGCCUUUAAUGUUGCUGAGAAGGAGCUAGGGAUCAGCAAGCUGCUUGAUGCUGAGGAUGUGGCAGUACCCUCCCCAGAUGAGAGAUCCAUCAUGACUUAUGUGUCACUCUACUACCACUACUUCUCCAGAAUGAAACAAGGCCAGACAAAUCAAAAGCGACUUGCCAAAAUUGUGUUCCUCCUGAAGGAGAUAGAUGACUUGAAGCUUCUGUAUGAGCAGAUGGUCUCUGACCUCCUGAAAUGGAUUAAGCAGAAGGUGAUUGAGCUGGAUGACCGUAUCUUCCCCAACUCUCUUCAGGAAAUGUGGCUGCUCAUGGCCAAUUUCAAGACCUUCCGCACUGUGGAGAAACCCCCUAAAUAUCAAGAUAAGGGAAUGAUUGAAGCUCAUCUCUUCAACAUCAGGACCAAGCAGAGAGCCAACAACCUACGACUAUACGUGCCUCCAGAAGGGAGAACGCUGCAGGAUGUGGAAAAGCACUGGAUUAUCCUGGAAAAGUCAGAACACAACCGGGGAAAAGCACUGCAGAAGGAGAUGCUGAGGCUAGAGAAGCUGGAACAGCUAGCCAAGAGGUUCCUGAAAAAGGCAGCUCUGCGUGAGGCUUACUUGGAAGACAUGAGGAAAGUGAUUGGAAAGCAAGACUUCUGGCCAGAAAGCGUAGAUAGGAUGGAAGCUGCCAGUAAGAAGCUGGAAGCCAUUGUGGCAGAUGUACUCCCCAGGAGGGAACGUUUUGCAGCCUUGGCCGAAAUGGCAACAGUCAUCAGCCAGAAUAACUAUCACAGCAAAGAUCAAAUUGUGAAGAAGGAAAACAGCAUUUCAAAGCAAUGGCAAGAUCUUCUGGAUCAGCUGCAGAAACGACAACACUCCCUGAAUACAAUGCAGGAGAUUCUAGCCCUCCUGAGGGACAUUGAUGCCGUUAUGGAGGAGCUGAAAGAACUACAGGCACUAGUGAAUUCCCAGGACUGUGGGAAGCAGCUCCUAGAAGUAGUAGAUUUACUUCAGAAGCACAACUUGAUUGACUUGCAGAUCUCUUCCUAUGAUGAUAGACUGACACACAUAACUCAAAGGACAGCAGAAAUCAGCAAGGACAGUGCAGUUAAAGCAGAAGUGCUUUAUGCGAAAGUUCCGAUGCUUCGUCAGCUAUAUCAGAACCUUAUAGCUCAGAGCAGAACACGAAAAUCCCAGCUAGAAGAGGCUUUAAAGCUCUUUGAAUUCUUCCGUGACUGCAAAGAAGAAGAAUCAUGGAUCUCUGAGAAAUGGAAAAUAGCAAGAACAACAACAUUAGGGAAAGAUGUCAGCCAGAUUACAGCUUCCAUUCAGAAGCACAAGGCUCUCGAAGCGGAAUGCAACUCACACAGGGCCAUUUGUGCAGAUGUUAUGAGGAGAGGCUGGGAUCUGAGCCAGAAGAACCCUACACAUGAGGAGGACAUCCAGAAACAGAGAGAGAAACUCCAAACGUUGUGGCAGCAGCUCCAGGAUGAGGUGGCAAAUCGCAAAAACCGCCUGCAGGCAGCAGCUCUCAUCAAACAGUACUUUGCUGACACUGACGAAGCAAACUCAUGGUUGCAAGAAAGGCAACCCCUUCUGGCCAGCAAGGACUAUGGAAAAGAUGAAUCAAGUGCUGAAGCACUGUUGCAUCGUCAUUUGCGCCUGGAAAAGGAGAUUGCAGCCUACUCCACAGAGAUGAGGCGCCUGAAAGAGCAGGCUGCCAUUGCAGCAGAGCAAGCUCCAGCUGCAAUGGUGAAGACAGAAGCCCCAAGUGACUUAAAUCAAAAGACAACUAAGCUACCCUUCAGUCGAACCUGGACUACAUCUGAAUCUGCUCUUCCUGGAAGCUCCGGUUUAGAUGUUCAUUUUGUUCCAGAGAACAUUUGGAAGACCCAAGAUGAAAUAGACUCACUUUAUGAAAACCUACAGAGCAUGGCUGAGGACAGAAAAAAGGCUUUGGAGGAGAUGAUUGGAUAUUACCGUUUCUGUAGCUCCUGUGAAGCAUUUCAGUCAUGGAUGAGAGAAAAGGAGAACAUUUUUCGUACUCUUCAGCCUCAAGCAGACAACGUGGAAGUCAUGCAACAAAAAUAUCAGAGUUUUUUAACAGAACUGGCUGCAGGGAAAGGCCAGCUGGGAGAAAUUGAAAGCUUAGCUACUAAAUUUGGAAAGAAGAGUCCUGGCAAAUACACUGAGAUCCAGAUUUGGCUGGAAGAAAUCAAUGCCAGGUGGGAACAUAUGGAAUCUCUGAAGGAGGAGAAGGGCUCAGAGCUGAUUGGAGUGGCUGAUGUGAGGACAUUUCUUGAGGACUGUCAGAGCAUAGAAGUGCUACUGCAAGACAAGAUGGGCCAGCUCAGAGAUCUGGAACCAGGGAACUUACCUGCUGGGCUGGAGUCAGACAAGCGCAAACUAUCUGCAGUUGAAAGAGAAGUCCUAGUGAUCGAGAGGAAAAUUGAAUACUUGAGGAGUGUUGCAAAAUCUAUUAAGGACACUAACCCUGCAGAGAGCAAGGCCAUCACGGAGCAGGUGGAGUACAUGGAGAGGCUUCUGGUAAACCUCAAGUUGGAGACCCAAAGGAAGCGUGACCUUCUGCAGCAGGCCCAAAAUCAACAGUCCUUCCUGCAAGACAGCCGCAGGCUCCUGCUGUGGGCAGAAGGCAUCAGGGAGAAGAUGAGAAGUGAAGAAAUGGGUGUGGACGUGGCUUCUGCAGAGCAACUGCUGAGGGAACAUCAGGAUCUUCUGAAAGAAAUAAGGUCUCAGAAGGAAAGAUUUGUGCAGCUAGAGGAACUUGGGCAUAAAGUAAUUCAAAAACAACCCAGUAACAGUAGGACCAGAGAUGUUCACCUGUCUGUGGAGAGGCUUGCCCAGGAGAACAAAGAGCUGGAAAAUAUAUGGGAACAGCGAUGGAAAAAGCUGCAGGAUGGCUUGGAAUUACAGAAGUUCAACAGGGAGGGAGACCGUAUCAAUGCUGCCCUUUCUAGCCAUGAGGCUUUUCUCCGGGGUGAUGACCUUGGGGAUCAUGUAGAUGCUGUUCGAAGCCUGCAGAAACAACAUCAGGAAUUUGAACAACUGCUAAUGGUGCUAAAGAGACGAAUUGAAGCAUUUAAUGAAAAUGGGGGAGACCUAAUAGAAAGUGGGCACUUUGCAUCACACAUUAUUAAAGAGAGAAUGGCUACACUCCGGCAAAGAUGGGAACGGCUGAUAGAAAGCAAUUCCAAGAGAAAACAGAGAUUAUUGGAUUCCCUGCAGCUGCAGGAGUUCAACCGUGAUGCUGCUGAGCUUUUGAUAUGGAUGGAAGAGAAAUACAAGAUUGCAUCUGAUGAAUCCUAUCGUGAUCCAACAAAUGUUUUACGCAAACUGAAGUGGCACGAGGCCGCUGAGAAGGAAAUGAUGGCUAAUGAGAAGCACUUUGCAACACUGAUAAAGAAAGGAAAUCAGCUGAUUCAAGAUGACCAUUAUGCUGCGGCUUCUAUCCAAAAGAAGAUGUCAGAGCUAGAGAAGAAGUGGAAGGAACUGUAUGGGAAGAUGAUAGAGCGAGGUGACAAGCUAAGACAAGCCGGGCAGCAAGAACAGCUCAUGGAACUGCUGCAGGAUGCCAAAAAGAAGAUAGAGAAAAUUGAGAAGGUUCUUCAGGAAGCAGAGACAGGCCAUGAUUUGCGCUCCAGUCGUGAUCUACUCAAGCAGCACAGACAGCUGGAAAAUGAGACACACGAGCUGGCAGAGAAAAUGAACUCUAUUGUGUCUCAUGCAAUGAAAAUGGCUGCCAAUCACUUUGACUCCCAGAGAAUUCUGGAUGAAACGCAAAAAUACCUAAAAAGGUUUGAGUCUUUGCAAGCACCUCUUGGCGAGAGGCGUAAGCUGCUGGAAGCAGCAGUGGAUCUUUAUGAGUUCUACCAUUACCAUGACAUGGAGCUGAACUGGAUUAAUGAGCGAUUGCCUAUUGCCAAUUCCACCAACUGUGGGAAGUCCUUGGAUGUAGCUCAAAGUUUGUUGCAAAAGCACAAGGAAUUUCAGGCAGAGGUGAAUGCCCACAAACAGCAAGUCCAGCGGGUCCUGGAUAAAGGAAGGACAAUGAUUGAAAGUCAGCACCCAUCAGCACAGAAAAUAAAUGACAAAUGCCAGGAGCUUGUGACUGCCUGGCAGGGCCUGGAGAAAGCCUGUGAAGAAAGGAUGAAGCAGCUGCAGCACUCAGUUGGUUUCCAGGAGUUUCUAAUGAAUACUUCAGACCUGGAGGCUUGGAUAGCAGAAAAGCGUCCACUUGUGAUGAGCAAGGACUAUGGUAAGGAUGAAGAUGGAACACUGAAACUCCUCAAGAAACAUAAGGUACUGGAGCAUGAGAUUGCUGUUUACCAAGAUCUGAUUAGAGAAUUAAAUGAAAGUGUCCAAAAUCUUCCAGCCAUGGGUUCUAUCCAAUAUGUUGAGGUUGAUGCACCAAGGGAACAAGUUCACUCAAGACUCCGUGAGUUACAGGAACUAGCAGCAAAAAGAGGAAAGAAGCUGGAUGAGACUCUUGUUUUGCAUGAGUUCCUACGAGAAUACGAAGAUCUGCAGGACUGGAUGGCUCAGCAGAAACAAGCAGCCAGCUCUGAAGACUAUGGAAAUGAUUAUGAGCAUGUAUUGCAACUUUGUGCUAAGUAUGACACUUUCCGACACCAAUUGGAAGCAACUGGGAAAAGAGUUAUGACUUGCCAACAGCUGGCAGAGAACUUGCUAAACUGUGGUCAUUCCGAGUCCCGUGAAAUCCGGCAGAAGCAGAAAGAACUAAGAAACUCUUGGGAGGAGCUGUUAGAAAUUACCAGAUUACGCGGUGAGCGGCUGAAAGAUGCAGAGGUGAUUCACAAAUGUUACCAAGAUCUGACAGAUGCUCUGGCACACAUUGAGGAGAAGUCUAAAAGUAUUCCAGAUGAUGUUGCAAAGGACAUGAGAGGUGUGCAAACCCAGCUCCGGAACCAUGUGGCCCUGGAACAUGAGCUCCUUGGAAAUGAGCAGCAGCUGCAGGAUCUGAUCCGCUCUGCAGAUGAUGUGCUGACUCGUUGCACAAACGAGCAGGCAUCAGACCUGAAAGCAAAGCAACAGGCAAUAGCAACCAACUGGAAGGCCCUGAAGUCUAAAGUGCAACUGCGUAGGGAGCUUCUGGAACAAGCACACAAGCUUUACCAGUUUCAGGCACAAGUGUGGGACUAUUUCUCAUGGACAUCAGAAAUGAUUAGGGAAAUGAGAGCCAAGGAGACGAUCCGGGACAUAUCUACUAGCAGCCUGAGACUUACUCAGCAUCAACAGCUACUGGCUGAGAUUGAAGCACAAGAAGAGAAGUAUAAUCAAGUUGUACAGCUUGGACAGUCACUCCUGCAAGAUGAGGAAAUAAGAUCAGAAGAGAUUCAGCAGAAGCUACAAGCUUUGUUGGAAGAGAAGGACAAAGUAUACGGUGAAUGGAAACAGAAGAAGAAGUGGCUGGACAAAAUACAUCAAGAACAAAUGUUCUACAAGGAUUGGAAUCACCUGGACAAGCUCCUGAACUCACAGGAGGUUUAUUUGAAAAGCAGUGACCUUGGAAGCUCUGUAGAUGAAGUAGAGCAACUGAUUAAGAAACAUGAGGCUUUUGAGAAGCUACUGGCAUCACAGGAUGAGAAGAUGAUGUCUCUUCAAGAACAAGCGAACAAACUAGAAAAGGAUGGUGGAUUGGAUGGGAUACAGAUUCAGCACAAACUGAACACCAUUCUUCAGAGGAAGCAGCAGAUCAAGAAUCUCUCCCAAAGCAGGAGAGAAAAGCUGCAGACCGCCCUUCUUCUGGCACUUUUCUAUCAGAACUUGGCAGAGGCAGAAGACUGGAUCAGUGAGCGCAUGCAGAAGCUAGAGGAUCCUUCCAUACAAGAUCCCCGCAAUCUGCAGGACAAAAUGAAACUGCUGCAGAAGCAUCAGGUCUUUGAGGCAGAGAUUCUAGCAAAUGAAGAAAUCAUCACAGCUGUUAAUAAGAAAGGAGAAGCCCUGAUUUCAAUGGGCCACCCAAAAUCAGGGGAGAUCCGCCGUCAGGUCCGCAUGCUUCAGGAGCAUUGGGAGAAGCUGAAGAGAGCUGUUGCUGCCCGUGGAAAGAUGCUGGAGGAUAGUCGGGAUUUCCUGGAAUUUCUCCAGAAAGUUGACCAGGUGGAAGCCUGGAUCAGAGAAAAGGAAGUCAUGAUUAACAUAGGUGAUGUGGGAAAUGACUAUGAACACUGUCUGCAGCUCAUGAAAAAGCUGAAUGAGUUCCGUGGAGCAACAUCAGGGACAACAGUGGAUGAUGCUCACAUCAAGGCUAUCAAUGCCCUGGCCAUGAAACUGGAGAGACAAAACAAGGAAGAGACAAAGACAAUAUAUCAGCGCCGGAAGCAGCUCAAUGAGAAGUGGAACAGUUUCCAUGGUAACCUGAAUGCAUACAGGAGGAAAUUAGAAGGAGCCCUGGAGAUUCAUGCCUUGAUAAGAGAAAUUGAUGACAUCACAGAGAGAAUUACUGAGAAGAGUGUCCUGAUACAAGCACUGGAUUAUGGGAAAGAUGUCGAAAGUGUGGAAAACCUUAUUCGAAGACAUGAAGAGAUGGAGAGAGAAAUCAAUGUUAUUAAGUCCAAAAUAGAGCCAUUGGAAUUGGAAUCUUUCCGCCUUUCCACAAGGAAUCCAUCCAUAAAUGACAAGCUGACUAUGAAGCAACAGGAGAUGAAAAACAACUGGCUACGACUCCAGGGACAGGCCAAACAAAGGAAGGAGAAGCUGGCAGCCUCAUAUCAGUUGCAGAAGUUUAACUUUGAGAUGAAGGAAAUUAUAGAUUGGAUUCAAAACAUCAGAAGCUUAAUGGAAGCAGGGGGGCUUCCUAAAAGCCUAAAUGAAGCAGAAAGCAUGAUUGAGGAGCAUCAGCAGAGAAAGGAGGAGAUUGAAGCACGAGUGGAAAGAUUCAACUCUCUCAGUAACUAUGGUCAACAACUUGCCAAUUCUGGUCACUAUGCAACCCCUGAGAUUCAUCAGUCUCUCUCCAGACUACAGAAAGCCUGGUCUGAAUUGAUCCAAGCAUGGCAGGAGCAAUAUAUAAAAUUGUUUCAAGCACAAGAUUUACAGAAAUUCUAUGGCUAUGUGGAACAAACUGAGAGCUGGCUCAGCAGCAAAGAGGCUUUCCUAGCCAAUGAAGAUUUAGGGGACUCAGUAUCUAGUGUGGAGAGCCUGCAGCGGAAACACAUGCAAUUUGAAAAAUCCCUGGAAGCUCAGAUGGAGAAAAUUGAUGAGAUGGCUUCAUUUGCCCAGCAGCUAAUUCAGAACAAACAUUAUGAUUCGGACAACAUCACCAACAGAUGCCAGGCUGUUCUGAGGAGUCCAGUGUUUUAUACAUACAAGAGAACAGCCUGGCAGAUUGCAGCUGAAGAAACACUGAAGUUCUUGUCUGCUUCUGUUCUUUCCUCCCCAAAGGUGGCUGCCUGGAUCAAUGAGAAGAACAGUAUUGCUCAGGAUGAUAGCUGGAGGGAUCCAAGCAAUCUGCAGACCAAGCUGCAGAAACAUCAAACUUUCCAAGCCGAGAUCAUGGCUAAUAGAAAUCGCCUGGACUCCAUCAAAUCUGAAGGUGAGAAGAUGCUCCGUGAGAGACACUAUGCCCCAGAGGCCAUUCAGUCCAGGUUACAAGAAAUGGAAGAGCUAUGGGAGGAACUGCUAGCAAGCUGCCAAGAUAAACGGGCCAAGCUGCAGGAUGCUUACAAGGCCCUUCAUUUUCAGCGGAGUAUAGAGGAUACAGAAAAAUGGUUGGAAGAUGUGGAAAAUGAGUUGAAGGCACCAUAUAGCAGCAAUGAUCUCAUGGUUCUGAACAGUCAUUUGAAGAAACAAGAGGAACUGGAGCAAGAUAUUGCUAGCCAUAGGGACAGGUUGCAAGAGCUUGUGAACACAGCUCAGGAAUUCCAGCAGGAAAAGCAUUUCCUUGCUGAUGAGCUAGAAGAGAGAGUUGAUCAGCUGGUGCAAAGAUACAAAAGUCUACGCGAUCCUCUGCAGGAAAGACGUGGGAGUUUGGAGGCAAGCAGACUUCAAUACCAGUUCUUCCGAGAUGUUGAUGAGGAGUUGGCCUGGGUUCAUGAGAAACUUCCCAUGGCAUCCUCCAGGGAUUACGGCCAAUCCCUGGCAACUGUUCAGAGUCUGCAGGAAAAGCACCAGAAUUUGGAGAAUGAGAUAAGCAGUCGGGAUGCUUUGACCAAAGCAGUGCUCAGUACUGGGCAGAAAUUGGUGAGGGGAGGCCACUCAGCCUCUCGCAAGAUUAUGGAGCAGAUGAAGGAGCUGGAAACAUCUGUAGAAAACUUGAAGACAGAGGCUCAAGUGAGGAGACAGCGUCUCAUGCAGUCAUAUGAGGCCCAUCAAUUCCUGACUGAGCUACUGGAUGUGGAGACCUGGCUGACAGAGAGGAGCUUCAUUCUAGAGACUUCUGAUUAUGGGAAGAAUGAAGAAUCCACUCAAGCUUUACUACGUAAACUUGAAGCCACCAAGCUGGACAUGGAAGGUUUUAGGCCCCGGAUUGAGAAAGUACAGGAGACGGGUGCCAGCUUAAUAAACAAGGACAACCCAGAGAGUCCAGCCAUACUUUCAAAGCUCCAGGGGAUCCUAGCAGACUAUCAGUCUCUCCUACAAAAGGCUGAGACCCAGAGAAAACGCCUGCAAGAACAAUUCCAACUCUUUCAGUUUGAAAGAGAAUUCCAGCUGGUGGACACCUGGCUUUCCAGUAAACAGUCUAUUGCAGAAUCCGAAGACUAUGGGCAGGACUUAGAUGGCGUUGAGGUGCUGGAGAAAAAGUUUAAAGAUUUUGUAAAUGAGAUUAAACCUCUGGGACAUUCCAAAGUUCUCUCCUUAAACGAAUUAGCAUCUAAACUAGAGAAGGAUGGCCACAGCAAGACAGAUAUUAUCCAGAAAAGAACAAAGCAAAUUAACGAGAUGUGGGAGAAACUGUGCCAUGCUAUCCAGACAAGGACAGAGAAUCUGAGAGCAGCCCAGCAAGUUCAUCAGUACGACCAUGAUGUGGAUGAAGUAAAGGGCUGGAUGCAGGAAAAGGAGGCUGUGGUGGACAUAGAUGAUUAUGGAUAUGAUCUUCCAGGUGUACAAACUCUUCUGAGCCAGCUUGAAGGAGUGGAGAGAGAUCUAGGAGCCAUUAUGAAAGAGCUGGAACGGAUUCGAGGAGAAGCCUGGCACCUCAGCCGCACAUACCCACAACUCAAGGAAAACAUCAUGGAGAGACUCACAGAUGUGGAUGAGUGCUGGAGAAACCUGGAUAAGAAGUUUCUGGAGAGAAAAGCGAGACUAAGUCAGGCAGAACAAGUCCAGCUCUACUUCAAUGACUGCAGGGAGCUAAUGGCAUGGGCCAAUGAGAUGCAUGCACUAGUGAUAUCUGAAGAACUAGCAAAUGAUGUCCUGGGAGCUGAACUGCUUAUCAAACGUCAUGAGGAAUACAAGCGUGAGAUAGAGAAGCAGUGGCUAAAAUAUGAAGAAAUACAGCGGGCAGGAGAUGACCUAAUGAGGAAUGGACAUUUCAUGUCUGUGGAGGUUCUCACUAGUUCUAGAAUACAAAUUCUCUGGCAUAAAGUUUCAUCAUGGGAAAAUGUAGUGCAGAAUAUUGGUCAUACAGGAAAAUGCAUGCAAUUACAAUACAUAAUUAUGCAGCAUAUUGAAGAAAAACUGCUAGAGCUGUCAGAGCUGAUGAAGAAAGUAAAGGAGAGCUGGAACAUGAGGAAAGAGUUGUAUGAAGAAAACUGGGAGAUUCAAUUGCUCCGCAGAGAGCUAGAACAAGCAGAAGCAUGGCUGGCUGCCAAGGAGAGCUUUCUUUCAGACCCCAGCUAUGGGGAUUCUGUGUCUGAAGUAGAGGAACUACUGAAGAAACAUCGUGACUUUGAGAACAUGCUUGCAGCUCAGGAGGAGAAAUUUGCUCAGCUCAGCAGGAAAACUAAGAGGGAGAUGAAUCUUCUGAAACAGACAGAUGCAGAAGAAAGUGAGCAGAAAGAUAAAGGCAAAAUUGUACGGGUACCUUCUCUGAAAAGAAAAACAUCUGACAAAAGGAAUCCACCACCAAAAGUGAUAGAGAUAAGGAACACAAAGCCAGUGCAAUCUGUGCAACCACCACUCCUGUCCUGGACUCCACUUGAAACAAUUUUCUCCCCAGUUGAAAAGCCUGCAGUAGCAUUCCAACAAUUUGCUUCUGGGAAAGUUCCUGAGGUGCUGAGCAGCAAAAAAACAGAAAUGAAACCUGAGAGGAGACUCAGUGAGAUUAUCACUCCACCUACACCAAAGACAGUGGACCCACAAGCUACAUCUUUGGCGCAUCACAGUUCUUUAAGCUCUCCUUUAUCUCCUACACCCAUAAGCCUGCAACGCAGCAGCAAUUUCUCAGAAUCAUAUGCCGUGGGCCUUUUAUCACCUCAAGAAAAAAGUACUGAAAGCUACUCCUUCUCCAAUCUGCAAACAAAAUUAGCGGCAACAUCACCCAAGCCUGACCAGAAUUCAUUAAAUAAAUCACCAGAUUUACUGCUGUCUAGGUCCUCACGGGAUACAUUGGAGACUGCAUCCUUGGUUUCUGCAAGUCUCCAGCAUAUGGAGGGGUUCCUGGAAAAGAGAGACCAGCUUCUUCCAGGACGGCAACAGCCAGGUUCAAGGUCUUGGAAAUCCUUCUAUGUAAAACUCGACGGACUAAAGCUCGAUUUCUACAAUGAUGAACAAGAAGCAUCUAAGAAUAUAUCCACGCUCCCAUCCCUCAGCAUUGUUGGUGCCAAAUGUGAGAGACUGACAAACUACAUCAGGAAAGAGAACACCUUUAUGUUACAACUGAGAGAUGGGGCAGAGUAUUUCUUUUCAGCACCUUCACCGAUGCUGAUGGAGAACUGGUUGCAGUCACUACAGAAUAAUAUAGGACAUAGAAACAGACCAGAUUCCACAGUGAUGGUGAGACCUUUCACUCCGAGCACUGAGACCUCCCAGACAAGUCUGUGGGACAGAGACUCUGCUGAAAGACUAACCAGCAAAAGUACACUCCUGAGGAGAACACCAUCUUUUAGAAUCAAACCAGAGAAGGAAUCUGCAGCAUUUUUCAGAAAUUUAAAGGAAGAUGGGACUGCAGUGACCCAAGCCUCCAUCACCACUCUGAACCGAGAACAAAGUGGUAAUAACACAAAACUGCCUCCAUCUCUACUAGAAGCAGGAAGAGGAAAAUAACAUUUGCUUCAAUGAAAAACAGACCCUUCACCACUAUAUCUAACCUCUGCAAAUGUAUUCAUAAGUUUUAAUUUAAUCACUGCCUUUGGAACUUAUUUUAAUUAGGCAUUAAAUCUGGUAAAGUCAUUAAAUAUAAUUAAAAAGAACAUCU